GGGAAGGAUCUCCGACAAGCAUGGAUCACAUAGGGGUUCAUCACAUCCACCAGAGCCACGCAGAGCCCAUCAGUUUUGGGAUUGACCAGAUUUUGAACAAUCCAGACCAGGGGAGUUGUAUGAUCUCCAGCAGCAGGCUACAGGAUUCUGAUUAUGGCUUGGGAUGCAUUGUCAGCAGUGCCUACAACACCAUGACCGGCAACUACAGCAAUAACAGCACCGGGGGAUACAACAACAGUGCUUGCAGCAUGGCCUCCUUGACUGGCUCCUACAAUAUGAACAUGGGUAUGAAUAUGAAUGGGAACAAUCUUAAUUCUGCUGGGGUUAUUCGGGUUCCUGCUCAUAGACCUUUGACUAGCAGCGUGCACCAGCCUAUUUCCACGGGAAUGCCAAAUGUGCCCAGUAUGGGGGCAAUGAACAAUAUGAACAACCUUACAGGGCUAACCUUCCCCUGGAUGGAGAGUAAUAGGAGGUACACUAAGGACAGAUUCACAGGUAGAAGACAGACAGCAGAAGAGAGGGAGGCGGAGAGACAACAAGCAAACCGGAUAUUAAUGCAACUUCAACAAGAAGCCUUUCAGAAGUCUAUAAACCAACCGCUCCAGCCAGACCCCAUCUGUGUUCACAACUCUUCCCUCUUUGCCCUGCAGAACCUCCAGCCUUGGUCAGAUGACACUUCCAAAAUUACCAGCGUCACCUCUGUGGCCUCUUCCUGUGACUGA